AUGUCGUCGAGUAAUCUCUUCCGUGCAACAGUCAAUGAGUAUCUUGAAGGGCUUCCGCAGCCUGUGCAGUCCAAGCUAUACGAGGCUCCAGCCACCUGUCUUUCUAUCUUCAGAUUGCUCCCUCCAAUGACCAAGUUCUACAUCAUGACCAUGUUGUUCAACGAGAAGCCAGUUGCCUUGAGAGAUAUGGACAAAUGGUGCAAGCCAGGAUCUAGAAAGCUCCAGUUCGAGUCGUUGAAACGACUCAAGGCGUUGCAUUUGAUCAAAGAAGACAACACGGGAACGCACAUCCGAUUGAACUCCACCUUCCGACAGAACUUCCGAGAUUGCUUGACAGGAUCCCAAGCAGCAAAUGCGUUUGGUAACUUGUGCACAACUCCCGAUAAGCACAAGGUCGAUGCUGCGUUUUUGGACACUUUUGCCUCCCAGAAGUGGGAGACUAUUUUGCAUUUUAUGGUGGGUACCGAAUCCACCGUAACCCCCUCUACUUCGGUUUUAUCCUUGCUUAAGCUGGGAGGCCUUAUGGAGGGCCCUGGGACGAACCCCAACAAUUUGAAGAUCACUAACAGUGGGUUCCAGUUCCUAUUACAGGACGUCAACGCCCAGAUCUGGACUUUACUACUUCAGUACCUCAACUUGACCCAAGAUUUGCAUAUGGAUCCUGUGGAUGUUCUUAAUUUCAUUUUCAUCUUGGGCUCGUUGGAGUUGGGCAAGAGCUACACCGUUUCCAGCUUGAGUGCCACACAAGUGAGCAUGUUAGCGGACUUAAAGGAUUACGGUUUAGUAUACCAACGAAACGGAAACUCGUCGCGGUUCUAUCCCACCAGACUAGCUACAACUUUGACGUCCGACUCUGCUGCGCUUAAGUCUCCUUCAGUGGCCCUUGACCAGGCAUUAGAAGGUGCAGAGAACCAGGCCGUGAACACUUCUGCCACUCCUUCCUCCCAGCAAGGUACCAUUAUCAUCGAGACCAACUUCAAGAUGUAUGCAUACACUAAUUCUCCCUUGGAAAUUGCCGUGCUUAAUUUGUUUGUCCACCUCAAAACUCGUUUCGCCAAUAUGGUGUGUGGACAAAUUACCAGAGAAAGCAUUAGGAAUGCCUUGUACAACGGAAUCACUGCCGACCAGAUCAUCAAGUUUUUGGAAACUCACGCACAUCCCCAGAUGAGAUUAUUAGCGAAGGAGAAAUUAGACAAAAAGAUCGAGUUCGAUGCUAGUCACAAUAUUAACACUGCUGGUGGUGCACCACAAUCACAGGCAGCCAGAGACGGCGCAGUGGCCCAACACAAGUUGGAAUUACUACCACCCACAGUUGUGGAUCAAAUCAAGUUGUGGCAGUUGGAGCUCGACAGAAUCCAAACUUUCGACGGGUACUUGUUCAAAGAUUUUUCCAACCAGCAAGAAUACGACGUGUUGUCCAGCUAUGCAUCAGAAGUGGGGGUUUUAAUAUGGUCAGACAAGGUCAGGAGAAAGUUCUUUGUGACUCAACAGGGUGUUUCGCAAGUUGUUGAUUUUGCUAAUAGAAAGUUACAAAGAACAAGAUAG